GGGGAGGGACGCGUGCCGGGACAACUGGGGAGGCCAGUGGGGCUUCCAGAGGCCUCGUCCCCCUCCUCGGCCCUCCGUCUGCCCGUUUCCCUGUCUGUGGGGGCGUUCGGGCGGCCGUGACUCGGUUUCUCUCUUCGUGCCCAGCUGCCCCGCAGGACCUCUGCAUCGACCAGGCCGUGGUGCUCAUCGAGGAUGCCAUCCAGUACCGCUCCAUCAAUCACCGCAUGGAUGCCACGUCGCUGGCGCUGUACCGCUGGUACUACUCCCGGCUGUGCCAGGGGGUCUUGAGCUUCACCAUCUUCCUCAUCCUGACUCUGGCCUUCGUGGAGAUCCCGUCGUCCCUGACGGUCACUUCGGACGUCCGCUACCGCCGGGCCGCCUGGCAGCCUCCGUGCGGCCUCACCGAGAGCGUCGAGCUGCUCUGCCUCCUCGUCUUCCUGGCCGACGUGUCCGUGAAG